CUUUGUGAUAGCUUGACACCGAUCAGCUGACCAGGAAGUCAACAGGAAAGCCGCACCCGCCCUCCACAAAAUAUAUUUUACAGAUAAAGCAACGACACUGUCCGUUGUGAAAAUCUGCUGUUGACAUGCAGCGCGUCAACGAACCUCAUCCGCUGUUCGGAGGCGCCUUGUCGGCCAUCCUCCCUCACGGCGCCGCGGACGUGAGCAAGAUGCGGGAGAUUCCAGACAACCAGGAGGCGUUCGUCCAUACCCGAACCGAUCAAAGUCUCAUCGUGGAACUGGUCGAGUACCAAGACCACGUGGCGGACCAGGACGCGGCCCGGUACCACUUUGAGGACAUCGCGGGUAACAACGCCGCCACUCAGCCUGGCGCGCAGGAGGUGACGGAGGUGGUCGCCUUGCCCAAGUCGUCAGUGUCCCUGUCGGCGUGCAGCUCCGCCUGGGCGCUGACGGGCACCCAAUACGUGUCCAAGUACAACGAGACGGCGAGGAACCGGGUGAGGCUUCACCUCGGCGUGUUUCGCCUGCCUCAGUUCGGCACCGACGUACUGGUGACGUUCAACGACCCGCAAAGCAUCUGCCCCGACAGUAGUAGCAGUCCUGCGGCUGUGGGACCUGGCGUAGAGCCGUGGACUGUGGAGGACUUCCAGCACCUGCUGCAGUCCCUGACACUGCAUAACCCAGGACUGUUUGGCUAAAAGGCUGGGGUAGGGAGACCUAUGGACAGUUGGACAUGAACGGACCGCGAGAGAAUUUGAACCUUCAUGGCAUGGAUUUGUAAAAGCAAAUCAACCAAUCACACCCCCCCCCCACCAAGGUUAUUUGAUUGCUUUUUAGGCUUAAUAAAUAAAUGCACCAAAGUCCAACACCAUCUGUUCUGUUAUGCCAGUUGACUUCCAAUUGAUAACUUAAAAGACAAUUUCUGACGUUUAGGAAAUGCUGUCCUGUGGUACUUUGUUUUGUGUGUGCCAGAACUUGAGUUUUUGGUUGAUUUGCGUGUGUUUCGUGAGCCAAAAUCUGAGUCGUGAGUGGCAUUCCGAUAUAUAAAUAUGGCAAUUUACAGUACAAUAAUGCCCUCAGCCAGAGACUUCACUUUGUUCACUUUGCUCAUGAACUCCACAAAUAUCAAGUUGGAAUGUUCUCAUCACUUUGGAAGGGAAAAAAAAAAAAGGUUUAUUCCCCUACCUCCCUCCGUCCCUCCCGUUCUGUUCAAAACAUUUCUGGAAAGUUAUUAAUAUGCUGCUUUUGAAACCUAAGAUGACCGUCAGCCAUUUGGUAUGCGGCACAAAGCUCUCUUCUAUACUCUUGUGGCUUGUUGUUAUUCUUCAUAAGAAUGUCUGGAGGUAUUCAUGUGUGUCAGGUGCACGCUCUUGUCUGUCCCUCUGGAACCCACAUCAAAACUUUCUCGUCUUAAACAAUCAUUGCAGAUUGAGACUUGAUUAACUCACACAGCCCUUUUUUGAUCACACAUUUUCAGUGCAUAAAAGAUCCAAGAUCCUAACCCAACAACAGUUUUGAAGCAAACAACAAAAUUACCACACACUGUAUUUUUUUUCCCCCCCCAGAACAAAGGGCCCUCUUGCCUAAAAAGUAGCAUUUAAGGAUGGCCCAAAACUGCUGAACAAGAAACAUACAUUCAGUGCAAAAACUCAUGUUGUAUCCCCCCUUGCCCCCCGCCCCCCCAAAAAAAACACCAAGCCAAAAGGUAAGCAGAGCUGCAUUGAGCUUUGCUGAAGACAUCAAUUCGAGUUGGCUUCUGAUGAGCAUCACUUGAUGGCUCCAAACAUUUUGACAAAAGUAAAGAACGGAAAUCUUGGAAAAUACAUGGGAACGGGUUUAAAUUAUGGAGAAAAAUGAAAAAUGUCUCCUUUAAAACCUGAACUAAAACUAUACGCAAAGGUUUUUCCUAAUCUUGGACCAGAUUAUAUUUAUUUCCCUUAUUUCUUAUGGGGAAAAAUGGCUAGCAUCAAGAACCAGAUUGUAUUGGAACUUUAGAAGUUCGGCCACGCUUCUAUAAAUGUGAAAGCACGUGAUGGUUUGUGCGAGCCACACGUGUGGCGCUGUUGCUUCACGUGGACUGCACCAAUGACAUUUGAACUUCCUCUACCGGGACUUGUGACUCCACAGGUCAUUUAAUAUCCAAAUUCCCAUGUUAUUACAGUUUUGUUUGGGCUGCAGACCCCUUCGCCCCCCCCCCCCAUCCCCCCUUGACCAACGUCCGCCCCCACUGCAUCCAGCCUGAACAAUCAUCAUCGUUCCCCGGCUGUAAUCUGCUGCACUCAUCAAGCCUCUGGAACUUUUCUCAUGUGAUUUAUGCUCCUUUA